AUGCUAACACCAGGCUUCAAAGUAUCCCAGGAUGAGGAGUUUCUACAUCUUUGCAUCAAUAUAGCUAUGGUGAGAUUCAAUGCACCGGGCAUGGAAAUGGUGGUGGAUGAUACGCUUUUCAUUUUUCACCUGUCGCCUUACUACUUAAGAUUGCGCUUCAGCCAGAGUCUUGUUGAUGAUGAGAGAUGUAAAGCUGAAUUCAAGGCUCAAGACGAAAGUAUCCGGAUUCAAAUACCAAAAUUGCAUAGGGGACAGCACUUUGAAGAUCUGGAUCUGCCGACAAAGUUAUUGGCAAGACAGGGAGAUCUGGCUGCAAUGGGUGUUGAGGAGAAGACAACACAUCAGCCGCUUAAGGGUCCGCUAAUUCAAGAAGUUGACUCCACGGACGCUGAAAAAGACCCGUCGGUAGGUGGGAUUAAUGAGGCAGUUGGCACAGCACCAGACCAGGACUUGCGACAGAUUGGUGAACAAUUUGAUUGGGAACUUAAGCAAACCCCUGCUGCUACAGAAAAUUCUUUCAACUUGCUGACUGCAAAGUAUGGGUUCGACGACAAGUACGAGAGAGCUAUAGGAAUAUCGGUAGUGAAUGGCAAUGAUAUCAAUGAGCUAGACCAACCGGAUAAAAGUAACUAUGAGGAACGUAUUCAGGAGAGGCUAAGGAAAGAAAACUUGAAGUUCGAUCCAGAGUACUACGUUUCUGAAUAUAUGACAGCGAAAUACGGAAACGAGGACGACCUUGAGAUAAACGGAAUUCGCACGCUUUUAAAAUUCACCCCUCCACUAGCCAAGUCAUUUUUAAAAUGGUAUAAGAAUGCAGAAGACAAAGAUGGUGUCAUGGAUGUUCAGUUUUCGGAAAUAGAACAGAAACAAAUGCGAGAAAAUCUACCCAAUAAGAGAUAUAUGGUCGAUGAUGCUAAGCGUUUAUAUCUGACGAUUCUGUCUUUACUUUUUGCCUAUAACUUUGAACAGACGGAGAAUGAGGGCGUUCAUAACACAGAAUCGGCGUGGACUAUCGGAAAGCUAGCGCCACAAAUCGCAUUUCUCGAUCAACAGAUUAUUAUACCUAAUAAGCCUUCAGAUGUUUCCAUUAUUAAAGCGAUUGUCGUCACUGGCUUUAGGCGGAGCCUCAGCUAUCCCUUGCAUAGAAACUAUGAGCUAUCUGCUAAAGUGUGGAACUAUGUUUACUACAUACUUCGGGGUGGGAAGAGAUUGGUGAUCAAAGCCUUACUGGAUAUACAUGAAGUAUUUCGUUUUCAUGAUGUUUACUACGUUUACAAUACGAUCUUACUCAAUGACCUGUGCUCAUGGUUUAUAUCAGAAGGAAACGAGAAUGUGAUUAGAAGUCUGGCCAUAACUUUGAAAAACGAUUUGGAUGGGGUUAAAAAGGAGGAUAUUGACUUUGACUGUGUGUGUGGAGUUGAUGAAGAGACCAGCCAGGUUUCUUGGGAGAACUUGACCGUCAAAGAGAUGGAACAUUUGGCCGAAGAAGAGUAUCUCCAAAACAAUGAUUCUUCUCAACAAGUUGGUCCACAGAAAUUAUGA